AUGGAGUCCCAGUGCGACUACUCGAUGUACUUCCCGGCCGUGCCGCUGCCGCCACGCGCGGAGCUGGCGGGGGACCCGGGCCGGUACCGGGCGCUGCCCCGGCGCAACCACCUCUACCUGGGGGAGACUGUCCGCUUCCUGCUGGUGCUGCGCUGCCGGGGCGGCGUGGGGUCCGGCGCCGGAGGCGGCCCGGGCUUGGGCUCCCGAGGGGCCUGGGCAGAACUGGCGACCGCGCUGGCCGCCCUGGCCUCGGUCAGUGCCGGAGGGGCGCCCGUGGGCGGUGGCUCCGGCGACCAGGAUCCCGAACCCCCGGGGGGCGGGGACCCUGGUGGUGGGGGGUUGUUUCGAGGCUGCAGCCCCCUCCUCACCCACGGCCCGGGCCCUGCUACCUCAGGGGGAGCGACCACGCUGCCUGUGGAGGAACCAAUUGUGUCCACAGAUGAGGUCAUCUUCCCACUCACCGUUUCACUGGAUAGACUGCCCCCAGGGACACCUAAGGCCAAGAUUGUAGUGACCGUGUGGAAGCGGGAGGUUGAGGCACCAGAGGUCAGAGAUCAAGGCUACCUGCGCUUGCUGCAGACCCGAUCUCCUGGGGAGACCUUCCGGGGCGAGCAGAGCGCUUUCAAGGCCCAAGUGAGCACCCUGCUGACUCUGCUGCCCCCUCCGGUUCUGAAAUGCCGCCAGUUCACUGUGGCUGGAAAACACUUGACGGUGCUCAAGGUGCUGAACGGCUCCUCCCAGGAGGAAAUUUCCAUCUGGGAUAUCCGCAUUCUCCCAAACUUCAAUGCCAGUUAUCUGCCUGUCAUGCCCGAUGGCUCUGUGCUGCUGGUGGACAAUGUCUGUCACCAAUCUGGGGAAGUCUCCAUGGGCUCCUUCUGCCGGCUCCCUGGUACCUCUGGCUGCUUCCCCUGCCUGCUUAGUGCUCUGGAGGAACACAACUUCCUGUUCCAGCUCAGAGGGGGUGAGCAGCCCCCUCCAGGGGCCAAGGAGGGCCUAGAAGUUCCCCUGAUCGCUGUGGUUCAGUGGUCCACGCCGAAGCUGCCCUUUACCCAGAGCAUCUAUACCCACUACCGCCUGCCCAGCAUCCGCCUGGACCGCCCGUGCUUUGUGAUGACUGCUUCUUGUGAGUCGCCUGUUCGGACCUACGAGCGUUUCACUGUCACCUAUACGCUGCUCAACAAUCUCCAAGACUUCCUUGCUGUGAGGCUCGUGUGGACGCCGGAGCACGCCCAGGCUGGAAAGCAGCUGUGUGAGGAGGAGCGCCGGGCCAUGCAGGCAGCCCUGGACUCCAUCGUCUGCUAUACACCCCUCAACAACCUCGGCUUUUCCCGGAAGGGCAGCGCGCUCACCUUCAGUGUGGCCUUCCAGGCUCUGAGGACGGGGCUCUUCGAGCUGAGCCAGCACAUGAAACUGAAGCUGCAGUUCACCGCCAGCGUGUCCCACCCUCCGCCCGAGGCCCGGCCUCUCUCUCGCAAGAGCAGCCCCAGCAGCCCUGCUGUCCGGGACUUGGUCGAGAGGCACCAGGCGAGCCUGGGCCGCUCUCAGUCCUUCUCCCACCAACAGCCCUCCCGCAGCCACCUCAUGAGGUCGGGCAGCGUGAUGGAGCGCAGGGCCAUCACGCCCCCCGUGGCCUCCCCUGUCGGCCGCCCCCUCUACCUGCCCCCGGACAAGGCUGUGCUCUCUCUGGACAAGAUCGCCAAGCGCGAGUGCAAGGUCCUGGUGGUGGAGCCCGUCAAGUAG